CAUGUAUCGGGUAAAAAAAAAUAAAGCACAUUUCUUUUCAAAAUGGCUACCGAAGCACAGCCAAAACAUAAACCAGGACCACUUAAGCAGAAAAACAAACAACAUAAACAUGGUCGUCAUCGGACAAAGGGGCAAAUUGAAAACACAAAUAAAGGAAAGGUUGAUGUAAAAGCCUUGUCAAAGAAAAGCAAAGCUUUAGAUAAAAAACAAAAACGACAUCAAGCAAAACAAAUCAGAAAAAAUAAGCGUGAUGAAACCAUGGAAAAGAAACGCCGUGUAGGAACUGAACACACACCACCCCAUGUUAUUGCAGUGUUUCCACUUUCACAAUUAUGUAACUGCGAAGAGGCUGUAAGUAAUAUUAUCGAAAGUGAUGACUCGAUUCUUUCUAUCACAAAGGAACACUCACAAACAAUAAUAUCAACAAGGCAUCGUCAAAGAUUUACAAUUUUAACUCCUAACCCAAGAGAUUUAUUUGAAAUCCUAGAUGCUGGAAAGGCAUCUGAUUCUUUCUUGUUCAUUGUACCCGCGGAUGGAAACAUGGGAGAAUAUAAUCAAAAAUGGAUGACCUACUUAAUUGCACAAGGUUUGCCAUCAACGAUAUUUGCAAUACAGGGAUUAAAACAUGUGCCAAUUAAAAAACAAAGUGAUACUAAGAAGAAUAUAACAAAGCAGUUGGAAAAAUGGUUUCCAGAGGUCAAAUUGCAUCCUAUAGAUAGUCAAAAGGAUGCAGGUCUAGUGUUAAGGCUGUUGGCUAACCAAAAACAGAAGCCAAUAUUUUAUCGAGAAAAGCGUCCUUACAUGUUGGUAGAUCAUGUUCAAAUGGACUCUGACGAUGCAGAAAAUGAAAAGGGUACCCUAAAAAUAUCUGGAUAUAUCCGUGGAAAACAGUUGUCAGUGAAUCGUUUACUUCACUUGCCAGGUCUUGGAGAUUUCCAAAUGAAACAGAUUGAUUUACCAUCAGAUCCUUACACUAUACGAAAAAAACAAGAUAAAAACUCAAUGGAAGAAGAAGAUGAUAGUUUGAUGGAAGAAGACCUUAAAGUUAUUGCUACCUCUGACCCAUCUAAGCAGAUGUCAAUUGUAACUGAAGCAGAAGUUGACCCAAUGGAAGGUGAACAAACAUGGCCAACAGAAGAAGAACUACUGCAAGCCGACGAGGAAGCUCAAAAACAGAAUGAAAAAAACCCAAAAAAAGUACCAAAAGGCACAUCAGAGUAUCAAGCGGCUUGGAUUGUUGACGAGAAUGAUUAUGAUGAAGAAGAAGCAGACGAUGAAGACAGUGAUUCCGAAGAUAUGCAUGAAAUUGCAGAUGCUGAAGAUGAAGAGGAAAGUGAACAUGGAGAUGAAUUUGACACAAUAAGCAUUGCGGCAUCCACAGUUAUAAAUGAUGCAAAAUAUGAUGAGGACUUUGAUAUGGAUGAAGAACAAAGACAGUUAGAAAAAUAUAGACUAGAGCGGGAGAAUGAGAUGUUUCCAGAUGAAGUGGAUACACCUAUGCAUAUGCCUGCUAGUGAAAGAUUUCAACGAUAUCGUGGCUUAAAAAGUUUCCGUACAUCACCCUGGGACCCUAAAGAGAAUUUGCCUUUAGAUUAUGCAAGAAUUUUUCAAUUUCAAAAUUUUAACCGAACUAAAAAGAGGAUUUUGAAAGAAGAUGAUGAAGAGAGUGAUAGUGCAUUGCCUGGAUGGUAUGUAACGAUCCAUGUUUGCGGUGUACCGAAAACAUAUGUCGAAACUUGGAAUCCAAAGCACGCAAUGCUAGUGUUCGGCCUACUGCCACACGAACAAAAGAUGACAGUGAUGAAUUUCGCCAUCAAAAGACAUCCAACUUGUAACUUACCGAUAAAAGCAAAAGACCGACUGAUCUUUCAUGUUGGAUAUAGACGCUUUAUUUCGUGCCCAAUAUUCUCGCAACAUACAACUGGAGAUAAAUUCAAGGCAGAGAGAUUUUUACCUCACUCUGAUGUUGUUAUAGCAACGGUGUACGCACCAAUUAUGUUUCCUCCUGCACCUGUUCUCGUGUUUACAGAAGAGCAUCAGUUGGUUGCCACAGGGUCGGUGCUGGGAUCGAAUCCUGAUCGAAUAAUAGUCAAAAAGAUAGUACUAAGCGGUCAUCCGUUCAAAAUAAAUAAAAAGUCCAGUGUCGUCCGAUAUAUGUUUUUUAAUAGAGAGGACAUUCUGUGGUUUAAACCUGUUGAAUUAUUUACAAAAUACGGAAGAAGAGGUCAUAUUAAAGAGCCGUUAGGUACGCACGGUCAUAUGAAGUGUGUGUUUGACGGACAGUUAAAAGCGCAAGACACAAUUUGCAUGAAUCUUUUUAAACGAAUUUACCCAAAGUGGAUAUAUGAGCCAUGCGUCGCUGCGCACGUGAGAGUACCGUUCGAAGCGAUAUCUGAAGAAAUUGAAGACACCGAUAUGUAAACUAAAAUUUUGAAAAUAGGAUCGAAAAAAAUUUAGAGGUGUUUUGUUUUGUGUCUGUAAAAACUGAUAUUUUUUGUAUCAUUGUCAAUUCUAACUGAUCCCACAGC